AUGUUUGGGGUUGAACUACGGCAACAGCGCAGCGUCUUCUCCCAAAAAUGGCCGACAUUUCCGGAAUUCGUCGAGUACCUGGUGGAUUCGGUGCGACAGGGCGAACGACUAGACAUGCACUGGAGCCCCAUCGUUGAGUUCUGCACGCCCUGCAUGUUCGACUUCCAGGUGAUCGCCCACACCGAGACCCUUCAGGAGGACCAACAAUACCUCAUCGAAAUGGCGCAUCUAGGCCACCUGAUUCGGCCAGAGUGGAGGAACGCGGGAAAGGGAAACACCGGGAAUCAAGUGGCCAAGUAUUACUCGCAGCUGACGAGGUCGCAGAUUCUGCAGCUGUACCACAUUUACAGGUGA